AUGGUAUCCUACCGGUCGGUGCUUCAGACGGUGGAGGCGGCGCUGGGGCCUGACGGCCGGCGGGGCAAGCAGCUGACGGCAGCGCAGCGCGGCGACCUCUUUUACGCGCUCUCGCUCGUAGAAGAUGACCUCAGGUCUGACCCCCCCUCUGCUCUAUGCAUGACUGUUCGCGCCCGCAGGAACCGUUUGGCGGAGAAGCCGCGGAAUAAGCAGCAACGCGCAGGAGCCUCGUGGUGGAGAAGCCGCGGAAUGAGCAGCAGCGCACAGGUGCGCUCCAAAGAG